CUCAACAGCCUUUCUCUGCUCCUUUCUUCUCGUUCGAAGCGAUUUCGAGUUGGAGCAUUUUAUAGAGGGCUGGUAAGUCUUCACAUCUUCAUACUUUAUAGGAACUCGGGAUUCUACAUGCACUUGCAACGCAAAUCAUUCUUUAUAUUGAAUCUUAUUGUAUUUUUGAAAGAUCGAAAUGCUUAGUUACGGAGCGAGGAUAAAACCAUCAAACUAACGACUGCUUUCUUUUAGAUCGCUAGGUUGCCAUUCGUGCUGCCAUCUCUGAAUCGAAGAAUUUUACCCCCAUAAAUUUGUCGAAAUUGCUUCCACAGCUUAUCCGGACUACUUUUACCAGUCGAACGAAGAUGUUCAUUCUCCUAUGAAUGCUUCGGCUGCUACUUUCGAACCGUCAUUGGAUAAUCGUACUUAUGGACACCCGCAUCCGCUGGACCCAAUAAAGGAUGCUCCGACAACUCGAGCUUUCGAACUUGCUGCACAUUAUGGGAUCCCUCAAUCACUCCCCGCGCCACCCAGAGCUCAUUCGCGACCGCCCGAUUCAGAAACACAGACCUCACCCCAUUUAGACGUGCCACCCGAUUUUGAGGCUCUCAGACAGAGUUAUCUCCGCAUGUUGUCGAGUGCUCCCUCAGAGAAUCAUGCUCCUACCGCCAUACCCGAGCCUUCCACACCAGCUCCUACCUCAAUGCCAAUGGCGCUAGAACCCCAAAUCGAUGAAUCGUCAUUGCAACCGAUUAUUGACCUUAUUGAAGCGUCGCCUGAGUUCAGGACGGCAAGAAGUUUUCUCACUUCGCCGUAUACACCAUACCUUGACGACUUCACUACUUCUCCAAUGGAUGACUCACCUUUCGUGGCUGACCUCAAUACGCCGAUCAUGGACCAAAUCGAUGAAUUUGAGUAUGGUGUUGUGAACACUGACUCCGCCUGUAUAAAUGAUGAUUUUGUCAAUCCGCUGUACAAUGAAACCACUGUGUCGUACUAUCCUCAGCCCCCUGCUCAACCUGGACCUGACAAGAAGGAAAACCAUGCGGCGGGGCUGUUGAACACUGAGAAGUUGUACACCUUUUCUCCGAGCAGUCCUCUUCUCGAGAACUUCUACUCUCCGGUUACCCAACCCGUCCGUUCCCCUGUCACGCAUCCAACUUCGUCGUUAUACCCCUCUCCUCGCGCUCCUACGUCGGCGUUCUCCAAACCAGCCUCUGGUCGUAAUCGCAGUAAAUCACGUGGCCCGUCUCUGUCUGCAACUGGUACCCGCAGAGACAUCACUCCCGCGUCGAUGGUGCCGCUCGAUGCACCCACACAAACAAGAAAUUAUGUGCUGCCUUCUUCGACGUCGCGCAAAGUCAACCCGAUUCAUGCUCAGAAGCGUUCAUAUUCGCAAGCCUUCGGUGACCAAGAGCAGGACGAGCUCGUAGGCGAAAGCCCUCCUGGACCGAAUGCCACCGAGAUCGAGCAUAUUGAAUGGAAGCGCAGACAGAACACGAUAGCGGCGAGGAAAACUAGAAGACGUAAGCUGGAGUAUCUACAGCGUGUGGAAGCCGAAAACGUGGUUCUGAGAGAUGAGAGGGAUAAAUGGAAAGUCAGAUGUGGUGUACUCGAAGACAUUGUUAAAGCUCACGGAGUGGCGGUCCCUGUCUGGGAUGACGAGUAGACGUUUGUGUCUAUUGGACUAAGUACUUCUGUUUGAAAUUUCACGAUAUGCUGAUAUUUUUUGUAUUACCUGACCUUUUUGUUCACUCAUGCACCCGACUCCAGACUCUAUUUAAUGUUUAUCUCUUGCUCCUGUAGUCUCAUGGACCUUUCACGAAAUUGGCUAUAUCUACGUCGUUCUCCUGUUAUAUAUAUAUACAUAUGCGCUUUGUUCGAUGUCCGUACACUAUCAAGCUUAAGUAUUCGUAUGGCUUAGAUUUGCAACCCUACUCCUUUCCUGCUCUCUUCUCUGCUGUUCAUUGUAACAAUAUAUAUACUAUGCCUAAACUUCAGGCUCUUUCAAGCUACCUUCAGCUCUCCAAAUUUUUCGGUAAACAUCAAUCACUGUACAUACAUACAUACAUACAUAUGAGACAGGCUCGGGACAGCCAAAGCCUGAACAAAAAGUACGGGGCGAAUCCGGAUUCGAACCGAAGACCCCCUGCAAUGAACAAUCGC